UUCCCACCAUAUUGUGUCUCAAAAAAUGGAAGCCAUUAAUGCUCUCCAUUUCUUUCCCACUUCGAAACCCAAUCGUUCAUCAUUGCCAACCUCAAAACUAUAUCUUAAACCAGCUCAAAAUCUCUUAAAACAACCCAAUAUACACCGAGUUGUAUCCAUAACCACACCGGAACCAAGUCCAAUGCUUGAUCAGAAUCAUCGUCCUAUUAAUAUAACAACCAAUUCCAAUCCAUGUAAUGAUCAGUUGCAAGAAAAAAUACAAGAGUCAGUCACGGCAUACUGGGAUUACCAAUUUCUCUUUGUGUCUCAACGAGCUGAAACAGUUGAACCGGUACAACUUCAAGUGGUCGAAGGGGAAGUUCCAUCUGACUUUCCACCGGGAACUUAUUAUCUAACUGGACCUGGAAUUUUUUCAGAUGAUCACGGUUCCACGGUUCAUCCACUUGAUGGUCAUGGCUAUCUUCGAGCUUUUAAAAUCGAUGGCGAUGUACAAUAUUCCGCGAAAUAUAUUAAGACAGAUGCUCAGAAAGAAGAAUGUAAUAGUGAAACCGGAGAGUGGACGUUUACUUACCGUGGACCCUUUUCAGUUUUGAGGGGCGGGAAAAAAUUUGGAAACACUAAAGUUAUGAAAAAUGUUGCAAAUACUAGCGUCCUGAAAUGGGGUGGCAAAUUACUUUGCUUAUGGGAAGGUGGCGACCCUUAUGAGAUCGAUAUCGAAAAUGGUCAUUUGGAUACCGUUGGUAUAUUCGAUCUGAUUAACCGUCAUCAUUUACAGCCGGAGGAUGUAUCUCCAGGAGGUGUUAAUCAGAUUUCAGAGGAUGCAAAAGAGGUUUCCGGUGAUGGUGGUGGUGGUUUUUGGGAUUUUGCUUCUGGAGUGGUGAAACCUAUUCUUCAUGGUAUAUUCAAGAUGCCACCUAAACGGCUUUUGUCGCAUUACAAGAUUGAUCCUACUCUAGACAGGCUUUUGACUGUCUCGUGCAACGCAGAAGAUAUGCUUAUUCCCCGCAGUUCUUUCACCUUCUACGAAUUUGAUUCAAAUUUCAAGCUAUUACAGAAGCAAGAAUUUGAUAUACCUGAGCACAUGAUGAACCAUGACUGGGCUUUCACCGAGACACACUAUGUCUUGUUUGGCAAUCGCAUUAAGCUUGAUGUCCCAGGAUCAAUGUUAGCUGUAUGUGGAUUGUCCCCAAUGAUAACCGCAUUAUCAGUAAAUCCGAACAAACCUACAUCACCAAUCUACGUGCUUCCUCGGUUUCCUGAUAAAGUCAAAAGCAAUAGAGAUUGGACAACACCCGUCGAGGCUCCUUCACAGAUGUGGGUUCUGCAUGCUGGAAACGCUUUUGAGCUCACUGACCAAAGAGGGAAUUUAGAAAUUCAAAUCCAUGCUGCUAUUUGUUCCUACAAAUGGUUCAACUUCCACAAAAUGUUCGGUUAUAAUUGGAAAACUGGCAAAUUAGACCCUUCCUUCAUGAAUGCAAGAAAUGGCCAAGAAAAUACUUUGCCCCACCUAGUGAAGGUAUCUAUCAAACUCCAAUCAGAUGGAAAUUUUGAAGAAUGCACGGUUGAAGCUCUAAACAAUUGGAGUAAACCAACAGAUUUCCCGGCUAUCAAUCCAGCUUUCUCUGGUACCAGCAACACAUGCAUUUAUGCAGCAACUUCUUCUAAUAGUCGUCAAAGCUUGCCACACUUUCCAUUUGAUACAGUAGUAAAGCUAAAUUUAGUUGACAAGUCCGUCUCAACAUGGUCAGUUGGAAGUAGAUGCUUUAUCGGCGAACCCGUUUUUGUCCCCAAAGGAACGGAUGAGGAAGAUGGAUACCUUGUAGUAAUAGAGUAUGCAGUAUCAAUACAGAAGUGUUACAUGGUGAUAUUAGACCCUAACAUGAUAGGUAAAAGUGAGUACGCACUCGUAGCGAAACUUGAAGUUCCGAAACACUUAAAUUUUCCUCUUGGGUUCCAUGGAUUCUGGGCAGCAGUUGAUUAAAUUGUGUAUAAGCAUAUAAGAAAUAUCAAUGUAAUAAAAUCAUAUUUUAAUCUAUUGCGACCUGUUAAGCUGAUUCAAUUGUGGGUAUUGACAUCCAAAAUCCCACCUGAAUACUGUAUGUUGAACGGAGGAAGAACUAAUCAAGGUCCAGAAUUAUUUACCAAA